AUGGCUGUUGUUGUUUCUCCUCAAUGUUUUUUUCAAAUCAUCCUUCUCAUUUCUUUGUUUCAGUUCUCUUUAGCUACUAGGAGGCUGAAUGAGCUGGUUCAGGACCAGUCUCAGCUUCUUCAUUACCACAAUGGUCCUUUGCUAUAUGGCAAAAUCUCCGUCAAUCUCAUCUGGUAUGGUCAGUUCAAACCAUCCCAAAAAGCCAUAAUAACCGAUUUCAUCACCUCCCUCUCAUCCCCAAUGGCUCAGAGCAACCAACCCUCUGUUGCCACGUGGUGGAAAACCACCGAGAAGUACUACCACCUCAGCUCCAAGAAGUCUAAGUCUUCUUCUUUUUCCCUUUCAUUGGGUAAGCAGAUUCUCGACGAGAACUACUCGCUCGGAAAGUCACUCACUUCCAAGCACCUUGUUGAAUUGUCUUCCAAAGGAGACCAGAAAAACACAAUUAACGUUGUUCUGACAUCUGCCGAUGUGGCCGUCGAAGGUUUCUGCAUGAACCGAUGUGGCACUCACGGGUCUUCCUCGGUGGGUCACGUGAAGGGCAAGAACUACAAGUUCGCUUACAUCUGGGUCGGUAACUCCGAGACCCAAUGUCCAGGUCUAUGCGCGUGGCCAUUCCACCAGCCAAUCUAUGGUCCCCAAAGCCCACCGCUGAUUGCCCCCAACAACGAUGUGGGUCUUGACGGAAUGGUUAUCAACCUGGCUAGCCUCUUUGCCGGAACUGCCACCAAUCCUUUUGGAAAUGGUUACUUCCAGGGUCCUGCUGAGUCUCCACUUGAAGCUGCAUCGGCAUGUCCUGGGGUUUAUGCUAAAGGGGCUUACCCCGGUUAUGCUGGUAACUUGCUAGUGGACUCUACUACUGGUGCUAGCUACAACGCACAUGGUAAUAAUGGCAGGAAGUACCUGCUUCCUGCUUUGUAUGAUCCUUCUACAUUAUCGUGCUCAACGCUUGUGUGAGGAUUUCUAUAGUGCUCGUCGUUACUGUGCUUCUGCUACUUUAUUAGAUACUGGGGGUUAAUUAGUAGGUUGUACAAAUAAGUAUUA